AUGCCGCCGCCGCAGACGGAAGACUCGAAGGAUUUCGAGCCGGAAGCUUUCUUCGAUGCGUGGGCUCGCGAUGGAACGCGCCUGGAGAAGUUGCACGCCGACAAUGACUUCCGGACGUUCAUCAUCCAGGUCUUUGGACUGCCUCCCAACGACGACUAUGGAUAUUCGGCCGGGCCGGCAGAGGUCACGCUGGAGAUGAUGCAAAAGCACAUCGUCUUUGGAGCACGAGCGAAUCUCCGGAAUUGGUACACGCACAAUGCACGUCCGUCGCCCUCACCCAGCGAUAUUGCCGCCUACAACGACAUCUUUCGUCCGACCACCAACACCUCCAAGGCCUUAAAGGCACUCGCCGCGAAUGCCAAAAAGGAUACAGUGCGCAUGGACGUUGCACAGCACCUUUCUGCCCUGUAUGCCCCGCCAGACCCCGCCCUCAAAUUGACAGUCAACAAGUCCAAGGGACACGUCAAUCCCUACCUAGACGUAUGGACAUGGUCGAAUCUUGUCCUGCAAUGGGCGGGCCCGGAGGCGAGAACUGCCGAGCUCAAAAACAGCCAUGCGAUCCUGCCAGUGCUAUACCACCACUUCGGCUGUGUAUGUCCCAGCUACGAGGCGCUGUCAUACAUCCAGCAAGUGUCUCGUGGACGCAACAUUCUAGAUGUGGGUAGUGGCAAUGGAUACUGGACGUACAGUCUUCGUCGUCUCGAUACCAAUCCCAAGAAACAGCUAAAGGUAACGGCUAUCGAYAACGGCCUCAGCGAGUGGAGGACCAUGUGGAUUGGUGAUACCAUCAAGAUAGACGGCGCCAAGUGGCUGCAGCAGAACAGGGGUGGAAUUGACGAUGUUCUGCUGUUGGUCUAUCCCAUGGUAGGGUUGGAUUUCACCUCAAAGAUGCUCAAAGCGUUUAGAGGCACCACCAUCAUCUCGGCCGGCGCGCAGAACACGAGCGGUUUCACGGCGUUCAAAGGAGAGACCAUUGCAGAUUGGAUCUCGAGAGAAAUGCCGGCCUGGGAAAGGGUUCUGCAGAUACCACUUCCUAGUUUCGCUGGCAAGGACGAAGCGCUGUUCAUCUUCGAAAAGAAGGCGGCAUAG